AUGAAAUUUCGCCCAAAUGUGCUCAUGAUGGGAAAGCACAGAUGGAGGGAAGUUUCGAAACACAAGUUGAAACGUCGAAGGGGGGAAGUACUCUCCGUAAUGGCGGAGAGACCGCUCGCGAAUGUGCGGAGGUUACGUAAGCACAGAAUGAGCGGGGCGGCGAAAAGGGCUAGUGAGGCAACUAAACGGAAGAACGAAGCUGCGAAGCGAGCGAAUGGUACGGAAAACCUCUUCGAAAUGACCGUGUCGAGGGCCAGGGAACUCCUGCGCAUAUCGGAACCCCUCCUUGAGCCCAAAUAUGUGCACGUGAAAAUGCAACAUGUGGAACUAAGGGGGACCAACUGUAGCAGAAGUGGCUGCGGGGACGUAGGUAAUUCCGCGAUGAGAAAAUGCCCAGGGGGAAGUGGCAACAAGGGGAGAACAGACGAUAAUGGGAAAAGCGAGAAAAGCGGCAAACGCGGUGAUAGCGGCCAAGGCGGCAAACGUGGUGACGGCGGCCAAGGCGGCAAACGUGGUGAUAGCGGCCAAGGCGGCAAACGUGGUGAUAGCGGCCAAGGCGGCAAACGCGGUGAUAGCGGCCAAGGCGGCAAACGCGGUGAUAGCGGCCAAGGCGGCAAAAGUGGCGACAGUGGCGGCCGAAGCAGCGGAAAUGGAGACGAUAACGAUGACGAAAAGAACAACAAGAAGAAGCACGCCGAUGAUAAGGGUGAGAAGAACGACGAGGCGAAGGAGAGCGGGAAGAAGGGCAGCGACAUCAACGGGGACAAUGCUAACAGCGAAAAGGGGAGUGGGAGCGGUGCUGGAGGCGGUACAGGAAGCGGAAGCGGCAAAGCCGAUUCGAGUGAAGGAGCGAACAGAGCGUCCAUCGGAUCCUCAAACGGGGCCUCAAAUGGAACUUCAAACGGAGCGUCCAACGGAGACUCAAAUGGUACCUCAAACGGAGCCUCAAAUGGAGCCUCAAAUGGAGCCUCAAAUGGAACCUCAAACGGAACGUCCAAUGCAGAUACUAACGCCAAGAAGAGGAGGAGCGAAAAGGGGAAAAGCAGAAGCAAAAACAAAGGCGACAGCGCAGGCGUCGCGCCGCCGAACCAACCCGCCGCGGGGAAGGAUGACAGUGCAUCGGUGAAUAACGACUCCCCGAUGUUGAACAACGAAAAGAAAGAAACGGCUAAGCGGAAAAAGGGAAACAAAACAGGAAAAAAAAAUGGAACUAAUGAAAAAAAUGAUAAAUAUUCACUUAACAUGCUAAUCGCAGAAAAUGCUUAUAAAAUUGUAAAAAAUGGAAGAGUAUACAAACCAACGGAACCAGUCAACAGUUUCCAGACACACCAUAAUUUUAUGCUUAGGGAAAUGAUGUGGAUGAGUAUAGAUUAUUAUGAAGAAAAAAGAUGGAAGAAAAAUGUAUCCAAAAGAUUUAGUUAUCAAAUGAAUAAUCACUUUGAGGACAGAAAAAAAAAUGACAAAUAUUUUAUUUCUUCGCAGAUAUCAAAUGACAUUAAGAUGUUUUGGUUUUUUGUACUAAACGAGGUGAGGCCUGACUUAGUCCCCGUGGACGUGGACCAUAAGGUGAAAAAUAAAAAUUUGCUUAAGAGGGAUUUUUUUAACGCCGUUAGGAAGAAUUUUAAAAUGGAAGGAAAUAAUAAUCUUUUCACUGGCGUUGAAGCGAACCCUGUCGCUUCGGCCAAUGAUGAGCAGUUGGCUAGUCAUGCUGUGGAAGACGGUGAACAGAGUGACAAAUGUGACACCCCCCCGAAUGAAUCCACCGCUAGUGGCAUUCUAAGCAUGGCGCGCAGCAUGUUUUCGUUCAAUUUUAUGAAUAAAAGGGAGGCAAGCGGAAAAGGAAACAUCGACAAAGGAGACAUCGGCAAAGGAAAUGUCGGAAAAGGAAACACCGACAAAGGAAACAUCGACAAAGGAGACAUCGACAAAGGAAGCAUCGCCAAAGGAGACAUCGCCAAAGGAAAUAUCGACGCAGGAGAACCCCCCCCAACAAGUGACGCGCACAAGCAGCAGCCACUCCCGAGCAACAACCAGAUAGAUGAAAAAGGCAUAGAGGCGUACCUAAAUUACGAACGGCGUCUUAUACUUUUCGAGGAAAAUGUAAGCAGGGAGUUGUUAAACAAGCAUGAGCACCAUAGCAGGAGAGGGGUUGACUUUUGUGAAAAUUUUACGAUGGAGGAUGAGUACACCUACCGGAGUGCGUACCAUUAUAAUGACGAUUAUGUGGACUACUAUUCAUGUAGUACAGACUACAUUGACUUGAGUAACCAACUGUAUAUUUACUGCUUGCUCUUUAUGAGUAUUUCUCUAAUCGAAGUGAAUGAAAAUAUUUUUUAUAAUAAUGAGAAUUUAAUUAAUGAUGACCACGCUACGUACUCCGAUGAUGAACAGGGGUCGACAGUCCCGUUUGGAGGAAAGGCCAAACUAAUGUUAAGGAAAAAUGAAGCUAGUGACGAAGUGGACUACGCCAAACAUGAGAAAAAAAAGAGAAAAAAAAAGGAGUGAAUGGAAGAGGCCAAAUCGGGGAAUGAACCAGCCAAGCAGAGAGACGAAGAAACCAAAGCGAAGAACCCCGCGAAGCAAAACACAAAGAUCAAACUAGAAAUUGUAAAAAAGGAAAGCAAGAGCGAAAUGGAAGAAUACGACGAAGAGGUCUACAGGGAGUAUGCCAGGAACCACAACGACUAUCAGCAUGUGGACGAUGGAGACGACUUCGAUGAUGUAAGAAAGGUAAACGACUACGCCGACCACAUGAACCUUAUGAACCACAUGAACCACAUGAACCAAAUGAACCACAUGAACCAAAUGAACCACAUGAACCACAUGAGCCACAUGAACCACAUGAACCACAUGAACCACAUGAACCACAUGAACCAAAUGAACCUUAUGAACCACAUGGAUUACUUCGAUGAGAUGAGACAUAUGAAUAGCAACAUGUUAACUAUGGCCACCACUCCCCUGAACAGUGUAGACGUGAACGAGCUCCUCGUCAUUCCAUAUUCCGCUUCCGACAGCAUAAUCAGUAAAGAAACAGGUAGUAGUAGUACUGCUACUACCGCACCAGAACAAAACAUGAGCGAAUGUCUAAACGAGAUCAAACAAAAAAAUGUCAACGUUUACAUGAAUAACAUGGAGUUAUGUGGGGGAAAAACGUACCCAUUCGAAUUAGAAUAUAUUAACAACACAAAUAACGACAUUCGCCUCCCUCUAGUGAAUAUGUCAGAGUAUGACGAAUUCACCUUUUUUCUGUAUCUGUUUUAUUUGAAAAACUCUCCCUAUAUUUUAAAAAAACAAAUGAUAAAGGAAAAGAAAAAACGGAAAAGAGACUUAUCAGAUGUGGCCUCAGCCAAGAAAAGGACACCAAAGCGAAGGUUGAACAAGGCGGAAAAUGAUAAGACAGUGGAGACAGUACUAGAGAACGAAAAGUGUAAAACAAACGAACAGCCGCUAACAAAUGCGGAGGUAGAAAAAACGUCAUCGUUGAAUGAGGUCAAAGACGCACAGGAAACUGACCCCCAUUUUGAUUUUUCCAAAAAGGAUGACCACGGAAAGGUGGGAAUUAAAAAGGCAGGGGUGAAGGAUGACGAUGGCAUUAAGAACAAUCAUCCUGCUGAGGAGGGACACCCUUCUCGAGUGAAAGAAACCAGGGAAGGAUCCAGUUUCACGCAGGAACAGGAAGAACAAAAUUUAAAAACGUGGACUGACACGAAAGAUGAGUGGACCAGUGACGAAAUAAAUUUUCUUCUCAUCCUUACAAAGACGUAUAUGAAUUAUGUGAAUGCCGAUUGGACGCAGGUGAGGGGAUAUAACGGUGAGGAACAACCCCCUUUCGGGGGGAGUGGUAACAUUCCCCCUGCGAAGAAUCUUUUGGAAGAGGCCCCCAUUGAAGCGGUCCCCAUUGAAGCGACCUCCAGUAGAGUAAUGCAUCUUGGAGAUGCCCCAAAUGGAGAUAAUAUUACUGCAAAACAGGGUGGAGGAAGCCCCGCCGAAGUGCUAAAUGGGAAAGCAAAUAAUAACAGUAGCAGCAGUAACAAUAGCAGCAGUAACAAUAUCAGCAAUAACAAUAGCAGCAAUAACAGCAGCUGUGGGGGAGGCGAUAAAGUGGAUCAUUCGCGAAAAACGCAAGAGAACCCCCCGAACGGGGAAGUUCUCACUCUCCACGAGGAACAUAACAACGUGGGGCUUGCAGAAAAGAUAAUGCCACCACUGGGAGAGGUGCCCCUAAGUGUCAACUACAUUUACUCCAUAAACUGGAACAUCAUAUCCCUAGCGCUCGCCUCGUACAAUAAAAUUAAUCACGUUUACGAAAUGACGAGAACGGCGGAGGAGUGUAAGGAGAAGUUCUUUUCUCUUUUCCGGGACAACAGCUACGCGGAUGUCAAAUGGACUAGCCUGCAUGGGGAAAAUUAUUUAGAUAAUAAAAAAAAGUUAAAGAAGGGUUCGAAACGGUUAAAAUUCAUGUCCAUAUUUCCCCCCCAAAGUGCGAACAGCUUGAUAGGCGCAUUUAACAAAUAUAUGAGCGAACAGAUUGAGAUGCAGAGGCAGCGGGAGAAAGCGGGCAGCAGUGGUGGCUGGGGCAGUGACGGCAGGGGAAGCGGAUACGAAAAACCAAACGCAGAUGGAAAGCCCCACGAAAGCAAGGGUGCCAAAAAUGAUCAACCUAACCGUGGUGAUGAAGAAUCAGAGGGUAAGGAUUACAAUGGGGAGGAGUCUACCCUCUUAGACCAACCGAGGAAAAGCGAACUGUUAAGUGGAAUAUUGCAGCAGCUGUCAAAAGGAAGCUCCCUUCUAAACGACAAAGAGAAUCUGAGCAGCAAACCGAGCAACAGCUGCACCACCGAACAAAACACUCUCUACAGGAUGAACGAAUCGGAGGAGGAAUCAAAUGACACUACCUUACUGUUUAGAAACACAAAUUUUUGUUCCAAUUGGGGGAAGAAGGAGCAUAUUUUUAAUAAUUUAUUAGCUCACAUUAAUAGGAACUCCGACGAAACUUCUGAUGAAGAUACCGACUGUGGGAAGGACAGCUUCUUCAGCUCCAGUGAUGUGAAUGAUUCUACGACACUGAAGCUGGACGAACUGUCUUCCAUCAAAUCGGACCAUGUGAAAAAUAUUGUAGGAAAGAGGAAGUACCCCUUCGGAGGGGAUAAGGAGGAUGAUGACCGCGAGUAUGAUCAAAAUGGGGCUAGCGAAGUGGAGGAAGAGAGAGUUCCAAAUGGGGAGGGGCCACCAUAUGAGCACCCCGAAGUAGAAACACAGAAUGAGCAAAUGUUGGAAGGACAGGAGCGUAACCCCGGGGAAAGUAGAAAUGUGCAAGAAGUACAGAAGGAGCAAAUACAGGGGAAAGAAAAAACGGAGGAAAUAACACAAAUGCACGAUUCGAACUGUUUGCAGCGCAGUGAAGAUGUUUCUUCGGUAGAGAACCAAAGGAAAAGUGAGUGCUCAUUUGGAGAAAGGGAAAAGGGUGGAAAUAAAAUUGAGGAGUGUGAUAACCAUGCAAAGAACAACUAUGCACUUCCCAAAGGGACUAACGAACCGAUUGAAGAUGGAAAAGAACGAGUGAUAUGCAAUGGAGGAGACGAGUCAUUUCUGCAAGACGUGGACAGUAAGGAUGAUAUGUGCACAUCAAACUUAGGCAACCACUCGGUCACUUCAAACGUGGGGACAUCCACAACAAGCAAUGACAAACAAAUAGGGGGAGAAAACGAAUCGACCAAUUUCGCCAGCCUAAAAAAAUGGCUCAACUCGAUCUGUAGCAAUAAAAAAAGCGUAAACGAAUUUUUAGCUCUACUAAGAAAUGAUUAUCUCGUUAAAAAUAAAAAGUUUUAUAAAAUUAUUCAGAAUUUUUUAAACAAAAUAAAACCUGUUGUAGGGUACUAUGACAAUUUGUUGGACUCACUAAACAACGAAACUAGCUGUGAAGUAUCAAAUCAUGAACCCAUGAUGAAUAAUGGGUUCUGUGCAGAGAAAAUAGAUAAAGAGUUUGUAAAAUUGAUUAAAAAAAUAAUCGAAUAUGACAAAAGGAGAAAGAAUAAAAGUAUAAAAAAAUUAAAUAACUUAUCAGAAAGUAGCGAAAUUUACAAGCUGAACGAAUUUUUUAUUUACUCUCCGAAUGAAUCGUACAACACGGUUAAUGAUUUUGCACAGCAGAUACUGAACUAUGUUCCCUACGUGGAUGACAAGAAAAAAAUUAACAUUAAGAAGGUUAGAAAAAAAUUCCAGUGCAAAAACUUAAUUUCACAAAUUUUGCUAGCCGAUUACAUUCUGGAUAAGUUAAAAAAUUUUCCAGUAAACAGUUCUGUGCUGACUACUCUAAAUGGUAAGGCGGUUGAUAGUUUGCUUUCCGAGACGAGGUUAAAAGCGUACACGAAAUUUAUCAAUGAUAAUUUACAAGAAUGUGAGGAUGUCGUUAAGAUGGAGAAGUGCUUUGCCCAGACGUACGAAGGGAAGAAGGAGGAAGAGUUCGUGUUCAACAGGGAAGGAGGAUUACUCAACGGAAAAAGUGGAACAAAUGUUAAAGCGAAAAGAGAGGAGAAUGACCAUGUGAGUGAUGGUGUUAAUGAGAAUGAGAAUGUCUUACUGAUGAACAAACAGACGCAGGAGAGGACUGGCUCAAUGGCAGACCCUCUCCCAGAGCAUGAUGCCUGGCUGCUUAAUAACAAUGGAAAGGUUUUAGACCAUGGAGAAUACGAAAAGGAUAGCAACGGUGCAGGGGUGGCGGGUGCUAUUCCCCUACCCAUAAAAAUGGAGGAUACAACCUCUGCGUUCAACCUUAACAAUUGUGAUGAUAAUAAUAAUGCACUUUUGCGCAGUGGUGUGUACGACGAUGCGAACGUGACACCCACAGGGGUGAGCAAAGGAGAGCUGGAUAGAGACAACCAACAAGGCAUUAUACAUAUGAAGGGCAACAUGGACACCGCGAAUGUUGAUUCGGCGCUUGAUGGUCAAGUGAUAAUUAACGAACCAGGAAGGGAAAACGACUACAUCAGAAUGAACCACCAAAUGUGCGAAACUGUCAGUGACCAGUUGGUUAAGCCCGCAGUUUUUAACGAGAUGCCCUUGAACCAAGCGGUAAAGGAGGAUGAGCUCAAACAUGAAGCGGCAAAGAGUAUCGGGUCCCCCAGUGAGACGGGCAUUUACGGCGAUCCCAACUGUGGAAGUGUUGGCAGUGUUGGCAGCAAUGGGAAGAGCAAUGGGAAGAGCAGUGGGAAGAGCGGCGCCAAGAACGGGGGAAAGAGCAGCGCGAAGAGCGGUGGAAAGAGCAGCGGGAAAGGCAGUGGUAAGGGAGGCGGUAGGGGAAGCGCCAAGGGGAACAACAAAGAAAACGCCAAGGAAAACGGUAAAAUUGUUGCUAGUGAUAAUCUGCCCACGGUUAACGAACCGAACGCGAUUAAAGACGCUGCUAAAACGAAGAAGCCACCCGUGUCGCACACGAACCCGUUCAGUGACCCCCCCAGCGAAGCCAGUAACUUGGAUCAACAGAUACAGAACCACACCAAAAAUGAACUCUUCCUAAGCAACAGACAGAAAUCUUUACCUAUAAAAAAUAUAGCCAAGACGAACAAAAUAACGAAGUACAAAACGUCGAUAAGUGUGUCCAAUUUUUCUCGAGAGUUAUUUAAAAAUAAUAGUAUCCUAAAUUAUUUACCAAAUGGCAAUAAUUACCUUGCCAAUAAUGCACUAGAAAAAGUGCCCAUGAAAAAUGGUGUACCUGUGAGUAACUUGCCUGUAGGAGACCAAGAAGCGGCAUAUGCUGCCCCCCUGGAAGGAGAUGCCAGUAUAGACAGUAAGAAUCGCCAACCAGAUGAACAGGUACCUAGUAUACAUAGCAAUGGAAUGAAUGACAUGAUGGUGCCUCUUCACGUGUCAAAUGGACAGCAUGUGCUAAGCCAUGAUACAACUAACUUCCCAAACAAGAAACAGAAAUUGGUAAACACGAAAUAUAAUGGCACCCCAAGUAAAAAUGCGACAAUGGAAAAUUUGAGCAAGUGUUUUAUCAACCAAGCAGGCUCUCCAGUGAAUGCAGUCCAGGAUUACUACAUGCUUAACCAGUCUCCUGCAAAGUGGAACAAAGGCGUACCCAACGCGGAAGGCAUAAAAUCGAAUUCUUCUUCGUUUUCGUAUCAACAGAUGCAGAAUUGGGGAGACCCUCAAUUUGUCAACAAGGGGGACACCUCACUUCUUAUCAGUACGAACCCACAGGUGCCCAUCGCAAGUGCGAGCGGCGCGCAUAGCUCCUCCAGGAAUAGCAGCGCGAAGAACAAUAACUCCAAGGGGAGCAGAACCCCCAAGAACAGCAGCUCGAACAGCGCCCUGAUGCACAGCGCUGGCAGCAGCGGAGUUAGCGGAGUUAGCGGCGUCAGCGGAGUUAGUGGAAUUAGCAACGGUCUCAUCAACAACAGCCUCAGCAACAACGGUCUCAGCAACAACGGUCUCAGCAACAACGAUCUCAGCAACAACGGUCUCAGCAACAACGGUCUUAGCAACAACGGUCUUAGCAACAACAGCCUUAGCAGCGGCGGGAUGCCCCUGUUCGCGCGGCCAAACGGCGAAGAGGAAAAAUUCGCGUCGCCCAUGCACACCGCCUCGCAAACCGGCAAGUACAUGCCGCCCAACGGCAGCAACGUGCAGAUGGGGCAAAUCUCGCAGCUAUCCUCAACUUCGCAAAUUUCCCCAAUUUCGCACAGCAAGCCUGCAAUGUACGAGUCUCCAGAACUGUGUGCCAAGAAUGUGUCGACGAAUAACCUACAGAACAGUAGCUCCAAUUCUCGUCAAAUAGAAGUUACGUCUAGCGGGUCAAGCAAGAAGAUGCAGCAAAUCCCAAUGAACAAUAGUGCCUUAAACUCAGAAAAGAAAAUGUACUCUAUGUAUAAAGAAAAUCAAGCAAGAGGUGGAGUGGCAGGGUCAGCUGCAGUAUCGAGACCAUCACCUUCCUCAUCAAUAAGUAGAAUAAACGAUGACGCACUUUCUAUCAAAUCGGCAACCCCAAGUAACUACUCAGCAGGGUAUGGAACGAACCAACCAGUAAUGCAAGAAGCGGAUGCAAAGUCGAGAAUGCUACACGAACAAAUUAUGAACAAUCAAGAAAUGUUAAGUUCUGAUCAGAAAAUAUUUCUCGAUGCAAGCAACAAAGCUAAUACCAUUUCAAAUUAUAAUUAUCCUACCAUGGUAAGGUACCCUAGUAACAGCAUUCAAAAUGUGAAUCCACUAAGUAGUGAAAAUAGCAGAUCAAAUUUAGGAACUAAUUAUAGCCAUGCGAAUUUGCCAAAUAUGAACCUUAAUUUUGUACCCUCCAAUGUAAUGCACAGCCAGAGUAACACUUCACCAAACAGUGGAAGAAGACCAUUGCUACACCACCCUGUACACUCUCUUUCGAGCUUGGUAAAUAUGAACAACAACAAAAUAGACAGUGCUGAAGCUUUGAAUUUUUCGAAUGAUUCGUUUAAUAAAAAUAUGAGUUGUUCAAAUAUGAGUAGUGUAAAGAGCGAUGGCAAUGAUGAAAAGAGGAACCUCUCCUCUGGUGCUUUAAAAACCGGUGCAGAUGGCAAUUCGCACAUGUUUCAGGGCAUACUGCAGGCGAAGCACCAAAGCGAUAUGCAGGGCGCCAUCCCCGAGAACCACAAAGCGCAGCCGAGUUACGUGAAUAGUAGUAGCGUCGGAGGCACCAUUAGUAAUUCCCUGAGUAGCAACAUCGGAAACGGAGUUAGUAGUGGCAUCAGUAACAGCAUCAGUAACGGUAGCGCCGGUUAUGUCGAUGCCGGCGCCCUGUCUGCCAUGCAACAGCCCCACAUGCACAUGAAUGACCCCCAAAACAAUUACAUUUUUAGCGCCAACGAAAGAGACCAAAACAGCCUCGCAACCAUGAGCCCCCAAGGAUCGAAUGCACAGGGAUUCAGUCAGCCAAGCCAGCCAAGCCAGCUAAGCCAACCAAGCCAACUAAGCCAGCCAAGCCAGCCAAAUCAGCCAAGUCAGCCAAGUCAUCCAAGUCAUCCAAGUCAGCCAAGUCAGCCAAGUCAGUCCAGUCAACCGAGCCAGCAGAAUAUUAAUUUGAACAACAUGAAUGGCCAAACCGUGAAGUACCACAGCGCAAACUUGCCAAGUAGAAAACAAGGAGGAAGCGUCAAUACCUAUGUCAACCAGAUGAACUUCAUUCUCCAAGUGCUGAAUCAGUUAAAUGCGAACUCGAAAGGAAGUACUUCGCCAAAUGGGAACCAGCAGGGCGCGGGGAAGCCCGCUAUAGAGCAGCCCUCUGCGAAUCAAUCGAGCGGCAGCCAGUCGGGGAUGAAUCAGACGGGUGGCAGCCAGUUGGGAAUGAAUCAGACAGGUAUGACCCAUCCGGGGAUGAAUCAGCCAGGUAUGACCCAACCGAGCAUGACCCAUCCGGGGAUGACCCAACCGAGCAUGACCCAACCGAGCAUGACCCAGCCAAACCUGACGGCACCUAUUUUUGGCCACGCAAGCAGCAGUGUCGCCUCACCAAAUGGAAACAAGAGCCUGAAUAUAUCCCCAUUCCAUUCGCCAAAUAUGAAAGGAAAAGGUGUCAAGCAACCAUUUAGCGAUAGUAGUGUAAACAGUCCUAAUAUGAUAAACAUGGGCACAAAGGGGAACUUGACAAAAAAUAUGAUUCAGAAGAUGUCUCCAAAAAAUAUGUACCCAUCCCAAGAUCUGAUUCAACAGAAGUUACUACAACAACAACAGGAGUUACUGCAGCAGAAGUUACAACAACAAAAAAUGCAGCAGGAAUUAUUUCAGAAGGCAUACAGUGAGAAAGAAAAUCAGUCAAGUCCACCCCAAGGAGCAUUUCAGGAAAUGCAUAACCAGUGCCCACCUGACAACCUAAUGCAGAAUGACCAAGUGAGGCAGCAGAAGUUGCUUCAGAAGCUCCAGCAGGAGCAAAUACAGAAGCAGCUUCAUCAGCUGCAUUCGCAGCAAAUGGGUUCACAGAAGGGACCGUCACCACUGAAGGCGCAGCAGUUGAAGCAGCACUUGCAUGCACAGCAAAUGAACCCACAGCAAAUGAACCCACAGCAGAUGAACCCACAGCAAAUGAACCCACAGCAGAUGAACCCCCAACAUAUAACCGCACAACAGCUACACCCACAACAACUGCACCCCCAACAGUUGCAGCAAAUUCAAAUGCAGAAGCUUCAGUACCAGCAGCAGGAGUUGAAGAAACAUAUGGAGCAGCUGCAGCAAAAGAUCCCCCUGUCGCAGCAGAAGUUGCACCAACUAUAUAAUAUGAAACAAAAUAUGUUGUUAAGUGAAGAGAAUGAAAAGAAAAACAAACAGAGGCAAAUUAGCUUUCCCCUAAAUUCACACGUACCCAACAUGCACAAUUUGCAGCAACUGAAUAAAGGCGAAGAACUUCUCUCGAAAGAAAAUUUGAAUAGCAGUAUGGGCGGUAGCGUCAGUGGCAGUGUCAGCGGGAGCAUGAGCGGAAGUAUGAGCGCCGGGAUGGGAGGCAUGGGAAGCAUAGGAAGUAUGGGGGGGUUGAGCGCCAUGGGUGGAAGUAACAUGGGCGGAAGCAACAUGGGCGGAAGUAACAUGGGCGGAAGUAACAUGGGCGGAAACACCAUGGGCAGCAACUUGAGCGAAAACGCGAUGUACAUGAUAAAUAGGAAAAUGUCAAAUAACCUGAACAAGCUGAACAACGCGGACCACUAUUUUUCCUACGACUCAUUUCAGCAGUCGCUGCCCCCGAACAAAAUUGACGUAAAAGACAUGAGGACGCAUGACGGAAAAAAUAUAAAUGAAAAUAGCAUGUUGUUAAACCCAGCCCAAGCAAGAGACCUGUGUAGCAAUAAUAUGCCCCCUCGCAUUGUGCCCAGCAGUAUGCCUCCAUAUAUCUCUCCGAACUCUCCAUUUAAAAUGAAUCAUCAUAAUAAAAACAACAUGAACAAUAAUCAGCAGCAGUAG